AUGAGGCGGCCCAUAGAUCUGGACUUUGAAACUGAAGAGCUCGCGAACCAGCGGCUCCAACAAGUUCUAGCAGAGCGAGCAACAGGUGGACCCAAUGAGCAAGUCAGGUCAAAAGCCUCACGGCUCCGCAACACGCGAAGCUGUGCCAUCUUGGAUUCCACUUUGGAGGAGCCCUUGACGUACUACAAAUCCUUGGAGCCAGUGAAACCCCACUGGCCCCAUCUGUGGCGAAGGCUCCACCUCAAUGAAGGGAUUCGUGUCAGAGACAUGGACACAGUUGUGGUUCCUUCAAAGGACCAACUGGCAAAGACCAAGAAAGGGAUGUUGAGGACCUCAAGUGGUACGGUGACCUAUUCAAGCACCCACGCCACCAAGGUGGAACUCGACGCGCAAGUCUUGGUGCGAAUCUGUGGUGACGGAGUGCCAGGCGGUGGGCACGCAUGGACACCUCCCAGGCUCGCUGUGGAGUUCCAAACCAGGACGGGACGGCCUGGUGUCUGGGCCCACUACGAUAUUGGCAUCACCAGCUUCUUGCUGGUUUUCCCCAAGACCUUUGAUUUGUUUGGUCCCCAGAAGCAGUUUGUCCGCCUGCAUCGCUCCAACUGCCUGACCGUCUUGGACAACGUGGAGGAUUCGAUGGUCCGCCUGGCCAUGUGCCGCCAGGAUGGCCAAAUCCACUACAACAUCUCUGAUAAGUUCUAUCAGGAUCCCAAUGACAAGUGGGCUCAACAACUGGGUGACUUCAACUUUGCCGAAGCCAGUCCAAAGGACUGCAUCUCCAAUGCACGCGCGAGCACUCACAGGACUCACUUUCGGCUUCUCCAGGGAGACCUAGUCCCGCACCGAAUGGUGCGUAGUGACGUGUCACUUGGCUUCGGUGAUGCGCUAGACACUGAGCCAAAAAAGGACACGGUGCCUUAUGAUGCUGAAGAAGCAGCAUGGCAGGGGUGGCAGGUGCCUGCUGCCCCAGCUUCCGGUGUGCAGGCGCCCGAGGAUGCGCUCGACGCAGUUCCACCGACGCUUUGCUACGACACCUUCAUGGCGGAGCCAGGCAGCGGCCCCGGCGGCCCCGGCUUCGCUGAUCCGGCCGUCGAUGCGGCAGCGACCUUGGCAUAUGAAGCGGAUGCAGGUGGGGUGCCGCAAGCCUACGGUCAGUCUGCAGCUCCAGCGUAUCCAAUCGAGGCAGCCACUCAGCAGUAUGGUGACACCUUGGUGUUGGAACACGAGGGCGACACCCAGGAAGCAGAACUACCCCCAGAGAUAGUUGUUCCACCACCAGCACCACCACCAGCAACCGCACCAGCACCUCCAGCAUCUCCAGCACGUCCAGCGCCUCCAGCGCCUCCAGCGCCUCCGGCGCCUCCAGUAGCGCCUCCGGCACCUCCAGUGCCUCCAGCACCAGCAGCACCUGCAUCAGCAGAGAGUCCGGGAAAAGCCUCUGCUUCCUCAGCCGCUUCUCCCGCAGCCCGAGCAGCGACACCCCCCGUGCGCUCACCGAAGAGCGGCUGGUUGAGCUCUCCACGCUCAGCGCCCGCUGUGGCGUCGCCCCGUGCUAGUUCCAGUCGUGCCGCUCCUUCCCCGGCAGCGGCGUCAGCUGCGCCUGCUGCGCCCGCUGCACCUGCUGCCAGCUCCAGCACCUCCAGGAUGCGACGGCUGUGGGGGAAACAGCCACCACCUGCAGGCUAUGUUGCUCCGCCCUUGCCAAAGCGUGCCAAGCGCAAAUCUGCGCCGGUCAAGAUGGCGAGGCCUGCCGCCUCCCCCUCCACACUUCCUGCCAUGGCGGGCUGCCGGGUUCGCGUCAAGGGAGAUGGUUGGGGCGGUGGCACUGGCCAGUAUGAUGCUACCGUGGUGGAUGGCGACGAGCUGUCCUUUACGGUCGUUUUCGUGGGGGAGAACAAGAAACAUCAGGAGACCCAUGUGAUGCGCGAGUUUUGCACCAUGUUGGAGCCUCCUGCCGUUGAGGAGCCAAAGACAACACGCAGGCGAACAUCUUGA